GCAGAACCCCGAGCAACGGCGAGAACCUUGCAAGAAAUACAACCAUCUAAAAACAGCGACCAUGAAGACUUCCCACAACUUUGUGGUAACUGCCGCUGUGUUUCUCUGUGGCUUUCUGGAUUACAGGGUCUCCGCCAAUUCGACGAACAUCAACCUGAACAACCUGGUGGACACUGUGCUGGAGGACAUUCAGGGCAACGCCGAGGCGGACGGCCUCGACCCCUUCUGCUUCAACGGCUCCACGACUUCGUUCGGAGCGGGACUGUUCACUGGGCUGCUGACCUUGACCAACGGGGAGAUGUACGGUGCCGAGACGGUCUUCAGGUACGGCAACGCCGAGCAGACGGUGGACGCCGACACCGGCAGAUCGAACAUCUCCAUGGCGCUGGGAUUCAAGAACCUCACGUACAAGACCGACUACAGGGCGAGCUGGGGGGUGCUCAGCACCUCCGGCGUGGCGCGCGGCCAGGUCCGCGACCUGUACCUCGACCUCUACGCGCUGGCCGACGUCAAGAACUCCUCCGACGUCACCGUGAGGGUCGCGGCCGUCAAGGUCACCUCCGUCGGUGACGUCACGGCGGCGGUGGACACGGGCAACCCUGUAUCCACGGCCGUGGAGGACGAGAUCCUGGCAGCCAUGCUGACCUUCUUCAAGGGCUACGUGGUGUCCGUCAUGGAGGACGAGUUCAAGUCGACGCUGAACAACAUCCUCGCCUCGCGGCACUUCGACCUGUCCGACUAGAGCGGACCGUCGAGCCAAUGAGACGCACGAUCACUCGGUGGUGUCGUGUCUCGAAAACCCUUCCCUUGUUGAAACAUUCAGCAACAUCCUGUAGUUAGAGAAAAAUUUGUAACUAAUCCUCACAAACUCUUGUCCCCAAAAAAUUUUUUUUUUUAAAAUAAACGGUGCUUUACCUUUUA